ACUGUCGAGUCCGCACGUGACCAAAUAAUAUUUUUACUAUUUGUACGUUUUAUUUGUAUACCUAUAUAUUAUAAAUACCACAACCGCGGUAUUCGUAAAAAAUCGUCGCGCACGGUCUUCGUCCAACGAAAGACAGUAAAUUUGUUUUAUUUUUAUUAUUAUUAUCAUAAUACUUACAGUGUUUUAUUCGAGAAAAAAAAAACCAAAAACAAUGUUUUCUCUUGUCACGAUUUCGUUUACUUGCGUCUCGCUGGCCGCUUUCGUUUCCGCCGCUUCCGUGCCUGCGGCGCAACAACCACCGCAACAACAACGGCAAGAGGACGGAUUCGGCGUGGUCCUGUGGUCGGUGCUGGACGACUGUUUCUUCGGCGACGACGAUACGACCACACCGGCCACCGUGUGCCUCAAGUCCAAAGCCCUGACGGCCUUGGACCGAGCCCUCAGCAAGCCCGCCGUGACCCUAGCGGACGGCGUGACGCUCGCCGCCCGGGCCGGCAAGUCGCUGCAGGCCGUCGACCCGCAGGCCGAACGGGCCGACCGCGCCGCCUUGGACGCUGCCCCGGACGCGGACGCCAAGAACGCCCUGCUGGACGACAUGCUCGCCAACCGCAUGGACAGUCUCAUGUCCACCAGGACCAUCGUGCUGGACGGAGCCGGCCAAGAAGGUCGCAAAAAGAAGGACAAAGCCAUGCAACAAGCUAUGAUGAUGGCCGGUAUGACGGCUGCCGCUGUAAUGGGACCGAUGGCAUUAAAAAUCAUCGCUUUAAUCGCAGUCAAGGCGCUGUUGCUAAGCAAAAUCGCAUUGGUACUAUCCGGUAUUAUGGUGCUCAAGAAACUUAUGCAGCCACAACAGGGAGGUGGUCACGAAACUGAGUCGCCAUCUCAUCACGGCCGGAGCAUGCAACUCGACGACGCUGCUCACCACAUGGCGUAUUCAAACCAAAAGCAAUAACACUAGCCACCCUCACGUGGUUUAAUUUAUUAUUUAUUUAUUUCAUGUACUUAUAACUGAUGAUACUAAUAUUAUACUUUUUACUAUUAUUAAUUAUUCAUCGUGUACUAUUUUGUCUAAAUGACUAUUAAACUAAAUGGUAUUGUUUUUUUCGAUUUA